AUGCAACCCGAAGGCGAAGUGGCUUACACUUUGAGGAAGCAUGAGCAGGAGGUGACUAGUCUGAAUGUCAUUCAUCAAGAUCCCUAUCCGUUACUAGUUUCCGGCGACCUAAAGGGGAAAUUGUUAGUUUGGAAUUUGGUAACGCGAAGACCCUUGGCCCAUUAUCAGCUCCCAACGAAUGCCCAAGUCGUUUCUAUCAAUUACAUUAAUAAUUACUUGACAGUCUUAUCGAAGGAUCAUACACUUAGAUUUUUGCGACUGCACGAUGAAACUUCACUUAAGUCGAGUACUGCCAAGACACAUGGGAAUGAUAAUUGCACUUUGAAAGAAGCCUACGAAAUACCCAUUAAUACGCUUAAUUUCGCAAAUGUAUCCAUCGAAACUAUUACAGAAGACUUAUAUCGCCUUUGGAGUUGCAAUACGGUGGAUUCUGAGUGCUUUGACGUCUAUACGUUUGACUUAAAGGAUCCACACUCUUUGAAGCGCAAAUUCAACAAAAUAAAUCUGCAUGAAGCCUUGCUGAAAGCAGACAACUGGGACUGCAGGAAAUCUUUGGAUAAAACGGGCAUCGUUAUGAAGUUUUUGAAGCACAACGGUGUGGUCUAUCUGGGCUUUGAGUGCGGCUUCGUAGUAGGCUUGAAAAUUUUGGAAAAUGAAGGCGUCCAUCCUUCAUUGGUAGUGGUAUACGCUUCCUCUGUGCACUACCCGGACCCUGUUUUGUCGUUAUGCGCUGCAAGUGAUGGCCACUGUAUAUAUAGUUCCUCAACAAGUGGUGUGGUAGGUAUUCAUAACGCGUAUGAAGCCCCCACAGAUGAGUAUGAUGACUUGAAUUGGCUUGCUGAUGGCAUCGGUAUACCCACUAACUUCACGUUGGUAAAUUCGUGCAUUGAUCUGCACACAGCAGAAAUUGGACAUCUGGAAAGCCUCCAGGACUCUUUAGUUGCAAUAGACUGGAAAGGGCAAACUUUAGUAUUUAGCCAUGAGCGGGCCAACUUCACUUUCUCAAAACAACGGAGCAACGUCCCCAUUGAAGAUUCAAACGUUGGUACCUUUUCUGCAGAGAAAAGAACAAAAAAUUGGAUUAAGGCUAGCAGCAUGGCUUGCCUUGGUGAACGAGGCUCAAAACAAGUUCAGGUUUCCGGCGCCGGUGAAAGGAGACGCGUAUCACUUUGUGCUAGCCGUAAUUGGUGUUUUACGGGCUACGAGGAUGGAUCAAUUAUAAUGCAAAGCUUCCAUUCGUGA